AUGUCCGAGAAAGUCGAUGUCCUCAUCUGCGGGAGCGGAUCCGCAGGCCUCUGCGCAGCGACAUGGCUCGCGCGGUAUGGCAUCCGUUGUAAGGUGCUGGAGCGCCGCGACGGGCCCAUGACGAUGGGCCAAGCAGAUGGUGUGCAGUGCCGGACCGUUGAAAUCUUUGAGAGCUUUGGUAUCGGUGAGGAGCUGCUGCGUGAAGCGUACCAUGUGCUGGAGGUGGUGUUUUGGGCCGAUGAUGGAUCUGGUUCGAUCAAGCGCACUGGUCGGACGGCGGAUACGCAGCCGGGUCUGUCGCAUCAGCCGCAUGUUAUUCUUAACCAGGCUCGGAUCAAUGGGCUGCUGAUUGAGAAGAUGCGGGAGUGGAAUAAACAGGAGAUUGACUACGGGUACACUGUGACCGGUGUCGAGGUGGAUAGCCAGCUGGCCGCCGAUCCGCAGGCAUAUCCUGUCAAGGUGACUGCUGAGAAGAAUGGGAAGACUGAGACGUUUGAGGCUAAAUAUGCGCUUGCUUGCGACGGUGCUCACAGUACCGUUCGGAAAUCACUCGGCUACAACAUGAUUGGAGACAGCACCGAUGCCGUCUGGGGUGUCAUGGAUAUGAUUCCUCGCACCGACUUCCCCGACAUUCGCAAGAAGACCACCAUCCGCUCAAAAGCAGGAAACCUGAUGAUCAUUCCCCGGGAAGGUGGCAGUCUGGCUCGCUUCUACAUCGAGCUGCCGGCCGGCACAAAGGCCAAGGAAGUCAAGCUUGAGCAUCUCCAACAGACAGCCAAGAACAUCCUCAGCCAGUACACGAUCGAGUUUGCCGAAACUAUCUGGUGGUCUGCGUAUUCCAUUGGCCAACGCCAUGCAGAUUUCUUUCACAAGGAUUACCGCGUCUUCCUUGCCGGUGAUUCUUGUCAUACCCACUCCCCCAAGGCUGGUCAGGGCAUGAACGUCAGCUUGCAGGAUGGAUACAACAUGGGCUGGAAGCUAGCCACUGUCCUGAAAGGACUGGCGUCGCCUUCCCUGUUGGAGACAUAUGUCCUAGAACGCCAGAAGGUGGCGAUCGAUUUGAUCAACUUCGACCGUUAUUUCUCCAAGCUCUUCUCCUCGGGAGGCCAGACUUCUCCCGCUGAGUUUCAGGAGGGGUUUAUCAAGUCCGGUAAGUAUACCGCCGGAAUGACGGCGCGCUAUGACAAGUCACCGAUCACUUCCGAUGUGGACGAAUCGGACAAGCUUUCGACAAACGUUGUUGUUGGCAUGAGACUGCCCAGUGCUCAAGUCGUGCGCUUCAGCGACUCGAAGCCCAUGCAAUUAGCUCAGUCGCUCAAUUCAGAUGGCCGUUGGCGAGUGAUGGUCUUCAUUGGAGAUAUCAGUUUGGCCGAGACUAGGACAAAGUUGAAAGCUAUUGGUGACUAUCUCGGCUCAACAGAGGGCCCUAUCCAGACAUUCCGCCCCAAGGGAGAAGAUAUCGAUAGUCUCAUUGAGCCCAUUCUGGUCGGUCAUGGCAAGCGUCAUGCCGUGGAACUAGAACAGAUCCCCGAGUGCUUCUACCCUCUGAACGAACAAAAAGGCCACGGACUUACCAUUCAAAAGUUCGAGUUCAAUACCUCGUCUCCAACAACAUACAAGUCAUCGCAACGUUGGCUCACAUCGGAGACCGACAUGGCAAAUUUUCCUGAUUUCAUUGUCCCCCCUCAUCUCGCUGAAUACAAUGUCCCUCUGAAUGAGUUUGCUGCGUCCAAACCACAUCUGACAGACUUUGUUGUCGGGGGACUGGUAUAUUCACAAUCCGUCGAGAAAGAUGAUGGCGCCACCCAAUCGACAAGCGAAAAGCCCCGUAACCGCGUUCUGCUCCUCCAACGCGCGGCCACCGACUCCUAUCCCGGUUAUUGGGAAGGACCAGGAGGGAUGUGCGAGCGCACCGAUGCCACGCUGCUAGCCGGUGUAGCACGCGAAGUCUUCGAGGAGAGCGGACUCCACGUUUCGAAAUUUAUUGAUUCGAUUGCGGUUGACGAGUGGUCGCGAAUUUUGCGGAAUGAAUUGCACCGUGUAGCCAAGUUCACAUUUCUGGUUGAGGUGCAUGAGGCGAGUGGGAAGGCGGGUGUGCCAUCAACGGACGUGGUGGUGGGAGCUGCGCCGGAGCGCUGGGAGGAUGGGGUGAAGCUGGAGCAGACUGAGCACCAGGCGUUUGAGUGGGCGACGGAGGAGGAGGUGCGUGAGAGUCUAGAGUCAAAGGGCAAGUAUAAGUUUUUGAAAGACCAGGGUUGGAAUUUGUUGAAGGGGUUUGAGUUGCUGAAGAGAACUACAUCGGCUGAGGGGGGAAGUCCAGGAUGA